GGACGAACUCGCAGUGGCGUUUGAAGCCUUAACGGAGAGGGAGCGAAUUCGCGCGUAGCUCAGUCGGGCGCCGGCCUUUGGCAGCGCCGGUCGUGUCAUGGAUUGCGCAAGGUAAAGGGCAUGCGGGCCGCGCUCGCCGCGCUCGCGGCUUGCUGCGUGGUGGCGCGCGCCGAGGUGCCCUCCGCGCGUCUUGCCCCGCGCAACACCACCGCCCAUCACGUUCUCCAGUGCAGCGAUGGGCUCGUCCUUCCCGCUUGGCGGCCCCUCGAAGAUGUCCCGACCCUCGAUAUCGCGAUCCGCGGCACCCUCUACUUCUUAUCCCUCAUGUAUCUUUUCAUCGGUGUAUCCAUCGUGUCAGACAGAUUCAUGGCCGCUAUCGAAGUCAUCACGUCCAGGGAAAAAGAAGUGCGCGUGCGACGAAAUGGCAGCGAUCAAAUUGUCGUUGUACGAGUGUGGAACGAAACGGUUGCCAACUUGACGCUGAUGGCACUUGGAUCGAGUGCCCCCGAGAUUUUAUUAUCGGUUAUCGAAAUAGCCGGGAAGAAUUUCGAGGCUGGCGAUUUAGGGCCAGGCACUAUCGUGGGUUCCGCUGCGUAUAACUUGUUUGUCAUCAUUGCAAUUUGCGUAUCCGUCAUCCCUGAUGGGGAAGUGCGUAAAAUUAAACAUCUGCGAGUGUUUCUGGUAACAGCAACCUGGUCUGUAUUUGCUUACGUUUGGUUAUAUCUCAUUUUGGCAGUGAUAUCGCCGAGUGAAGUGGAAGUAUGGGAAGGUGCUGUCACGUUUCUAUUUUUCCCGGCUACCGUUUUAACAGCCUAUAUAGCAGACCGCAGGCUUUUGGUUUAUAAGUAUCUUAAAAAGGGAUACCGUGUCAAUGAGCGAGGAGUUAUUGUGGAGGUUGAAGGUGACGGCUCGGUAGAGAUGGCUUUAAAGCCUUGCGAAUUUGGAGAUGAUGAAGAAGGCCGGGAAUUGGAAAAAUCACGUAAAGAAUAUAUAUCAGUACUACGUGACUUAAGAAAACAGCAUCCUGAAGAAGACUUGGAAACUGUAGAGCGAAUGGCAUUAGAAACGUUGAUGUCAAGGGGUCCAAAAUCUCGUGCAUUUUAUAGAGUUGCAGCUACACGAAAAAUGACCGGUGGCGGUGACUUAUCACGUAAAAUAUCAGAGAGGGCGCAAAGUGAUUUAAGCGAAGUAAAAGCUGAACUACAAAGACGAGAGUCGAGCUCUGUCUCAGUCGAACCUAGAGGACCACAUGUACGGUUUGACCCAGACCACUAUACAGUUAUGGAAAACUGUGGAUCUUUCGAAGUGAGAGUCGUACGCGGCGGAGACUUGAGUGGAGAAGUCACUGUUCAGUAUACCACAGAGGACGGCACAGCAGAAGCUGGUUCCGAUUACGUGGCAGCACAAGGCUCUCUAACUUUCGGGCACGGCGAAACAGAGAAGAAGUUCACCGUUCAAGUGAUAGAUGACGAAGUUUUCGAGGAAGACGAGCAUUUCUUCGUGCGUUUAAGCACUCCGAAGGGGGCAUGUUUAGCCUCGCCGUCGAUGGCCACAGUGGUGAUAUUGGACGACGAUCAUUCCGGUGUGUUCUCGUUCCCGCAAAGAGACUAUGAGUUGACGGAGUCGGUUGGGACGUACGAGUUGAAAGUGAUGAGGACGGCGGGGGCGAGAGGCAAAGUGAAGAUCCCAUACAACACAGAAGAUGGUACAGCGAAGAGCGGCGCGCAGUAUGAGCCUGCAGAGGGACAUAUUAUCUUCGAGAACAACGAAACUGAAAAAUUCAUUCCUCUGCACAUCGUCGAAGAAGAUAGCUAUGAAAAGGACGUCCUCUUUUACGUAAAUCUCGGAGAACCUGAGUUAAUUGGUGAUCGACGUAAACCAAUUCCAACUGGACGUGAAGUUAGUCACCUAACAACGCUGCCUGAGAAUGAGGUCGUUGUUGCGAUGAUGGGGCUCCCCAAGGCUGGAGAAAUCACCAGAGCACAGCUGAGGAUUAAAGAAAGCAAGGAGUUUAAGAAUACAGUUGAUAAACUUGUUCAGAGAGCUAAUGCUUCGAUAAUAAUAGGGACGUCGUCAUGGAAAGAGCAAUUCUCGGAAGCUUUGACGGCCAGUUCAGAUAACGCUGAUGAACCACCGUCGUGGUUAGACUAUAUAAUGCACAUUUUAACCCUGUUCUGGAAGAUUAUAUUUGCAUUUGUGCCUCCUACCGAUAUCGGAGGCGGAUACGUGUGCUUUGUAGUGUCUAUCAUAUGUAUUGGUCUGGUGACAGCUGUCAUUGGUGACGUCGCAUCGCACUUCGGCUGCACGCUCGGCAUCAAGGAUUCGGUCACUGCGAUCGUGUUUGUAGCCUUGGGGACGAGUAUACCUGAUACAUUCGCUAGUAAAGUGGCAGCCAUACAAGAUAAGCACGCGGACGCGUCCGUGGGGAACGUCACUGGCUCUAACGCUGUCAACGUGUUCCUGGGUAUCGGUGUGGCCUGGACAGUGGCUGCAGUGGUGCAUUGGACGAAGAACGAGAAGUUCCACGUUGAACCGGGAAACCUAGCCUUCAGCGUGACCAUGUUCUGUUCUGAAGCGGCACUAGCUGUGCUGGUACUCGUGCUGAGAAGACGGAAGUCGAUUGGAGGCGAGCUCGGUGGCCCGCGCUGCAUCAAGAUUGUAACCUCUAUGUUUUUCUUCUCAUUGUGGCUCGUUUACCUGACGAUGUCCACAUUGGAAGCGUAUGGUGUUAUCAAAGGAUUCUAAUUUCAUUUAUGUUUUGUGAGAUAUGUAUUCAGAAUGACACAAUUUACAUUAUCUGUAUUCAUAUUUAGAUCUAAGAAUAAUUUUUCUUUAUUAGCUUCGAAUGUUGUUUGAUUCCUAUAUUGCAAUGGUCACGAAUUAGGUUACCGAGUUAGGUCCCUAUAAUUAUUUCGUGUAUUUUAUAGGACGGGUAUGUACUUGGUAUCCGAUGACGGUAUUAUUAUAAAUACUAAUACACUUCUAGUUGAUUAGUUUAGAUUUUCCAUGCAUUGAGGCGGCGUGCUCAAAUGUACAGGUAGAAUUCUUCCUAGAUUUUUGUUUCGUUCUAGCCUUGAUGGCUGUGGUUAAGGUCUAACUAGAUUAUAAUAGAGGAUAUAAAUUAUAAAUAUGUCUAAUAUAUUGAGAGAUAUUGUCGUAGUUGAUUUGUGUGAUGUAUUUUAUUGUAUUAUUUAAUGUGUGUUCAGUGCCAUAGAGAGCGCGUGAUUUGUGGGCUCCUGAAUGAAUUUAACGUAAUAUAUAGUUUUUAAUUAAGCGAUUAUGAUGUGUUUAGUAUAAUAUUUAUUCGUAGUUAUUUAACGUUUUUAUUUAAUUGAUUUAUGGGUAUACCUUUCAUGGUUAUAUGUUUUUUUAUGCUAUAUUUCAGUUUAAUGUUUUUUAUAUCUAUGGUAUUGUCUCUAUGAAGUACAGAUUUUAUUAGAUGAUGCACUCAUCCAUGGUUUGGAUCAAUUAAAAUAUAUAUUCCAGUCUGAAAGCUGGUCGAAUUUAAUGUUAAUUCAACGGCAAAUAGGAUUUAACUGUCAGUUCAUUGUGUUGUUCCUCGUGAACAUGAAACAAAUAGGAUUUAUAACGAUUUUAAUAAUUCCGAGGCCACAAACGUCACGUUGCUUCUGUAAUUUAAUCAUACCAAAGCCUAAUUAAUUGGAAACGAUGAUGGAGCGUUGUCAGUUAAUUAUUUUUAGAACGCGACGUGUUAAUUAGGUUAUUAGUAAAUUUUUGUAAAAUAGGUUUUUAAACGGUAGAGUAUAAUGCAGCCGCUAGAUAAUUUUUUAUGUAUAUACACAGGAAGGAUAUUUAUUGUUAGAAUGUAUUUAUUGAGAGCAAUUACUUUUUUGAUAUUUUUAAUAUGUAAUUAUAUGUUAGUUAGAUAUACAGUUUUCGGUUUUUAUUUAUAAAAAAACAACAUCCGUUCAUUUACCUUACAAAUCAAAUUUAAUAUUUUCUAAACGAAACAUUCACUAGCUCUUGGACUAUGUUUAAAAUUAUAUAUUUUCCACUCUAAGUGUUAAAAUACUAUAAUCUAUUGCUAUUUAAAUGUUGUAUGUUAAUCGUCGUGCAUGCCAUUUUGCGACUUAACGUCUUAGAUAGUUAAAGACGUUUUUCCUUCGACCCAUUCGAAUUAACUUCUAAGGUAAUUUUUAUUGCUCUACCAAAAAUAUCGCGUUAAUAUUUUCGCAUUUGACACUAGAUAUUGUGGGUAUAUUUCAAUAAUAAUGUAUAGUAUCAAAUACGCGCCGAUUACUCACUUCCGCAUUCCUUGGUUCUAAAAAAAAGUUUGAAAUACAUUGCUGAUUUUUGUUUCAGUAAUAUGAAAAAUUUCUAUAUAAAAUAUCAAUGUAGCUGAAACAACAAAUAUAUACAAAAAUACUCGUUUGUCCGUUUAUUAUUAUAUUAUUUUGAUGCCAUAUUUAAUUUUUUAACCAGUUAUUUAUAAUUCACUAAAACUCAAUUUUCCAUGCUGUAUAUUAAAAUAGUUUGACGUCUUAAAAGCUUUUCCUAAGUAAUCAAAGUAAAUAUAUACUGUUCUUAAUAGUUAGUGUUACAAAACCAUCAAAAUCGAUCUAGAUGUUAUCGCUGGGUCAUUUACCGUAUUAAAAAAAUAACACUUCCUAAAA